GCGAGCAAGCCCAGGUGUGGUUCUGGAAAGAAGCCACGUUCCUAUGGCAACUUCCGACUGCCAUUUUACGUUUUCGGGCUACAGCCAGCCUUCAACGUCACUUCCGGUGUUACCUGUCUACUUACCGGGAGCCGUAAACAAGGUGUGCAAGCGUCUGGGGAGCUGUCGCGAUGCUGCAGAGCGGAGCGGCUGGAGGCCGUAGCUGCUCUUUCUUCCCGCUGCUGGGCGUUCUGUUCUUCCUAGGUAUUUACACGGUCCUUUCCUUGGAGAUUAAAGCAGAUGCCCAUGUCCGAGGUUAUGUUGGAGAAAACAUCAAAUUGAAAUGUACCUUCAAGUCGACUUCAGCCAUCACUGACAAACUCACCAUAGACUGGACAUAUCGAGCUCCCAGCAGCCGCCGCACAGAAUCAAUUUUUCAUUAUCAGUCUUUCCAGUACCCAGCCACAGCAGGCAUUUUCCGAGACCGGAUUUCCUGGGUUGGGAAUGUAUACAAGGGAGAUGCAUCCAUUAGCAUAAGCAACCCUACCAUGAAGGACAAUGGGACAUUCAGCUGUGCUGUGAAGAAUCCCCCAGAUGUACAUCAUAAUAUUCCCACGACAGAGCUAACAGUCGUGGAGAGGGGUUUUGGCACCAUGCUGUCCUCCAUGGCCCUUCUCUCCAUCCUUGUCUUCAUUCCCUCGGCUGUGGUGGUUGUCUUGCUUCUGGUGAGAAUGGGGAGGAAGGCUGUGGGGCUGAAGAAGAGGAGCAAGUCUGGCUAUAAGAAGUCAUCUAUUGAGGUUUCAGAUGACACUGACCAAGAGGAGGAAAAUGGUUGCAUGAGGAAGCUUUGUGUCCGUUGUGCUGAAUGCCUGGAUUCAGACUAUGAAGAGACAUAUUGAUGCAAGUCUGCAAGAUAUAAGGAGAGUCACCCAUCUAAUAUCAGAAAACAUCCAUUCCAUUGGCAGCUAAAGCCUCUCGGAUAAGUGGAGCUGGCCUGGACCAGCAGUGAUGGAGGAUUCUGGAGGUCAUCAGUAAAGACUUGAGGAACCAUUUAUUUAUUGAAGAAAUGUUCUUCUUGUAUUUAUAAACUAUUCAAAAACUCUCAGAAGAGACCUCAUAACCCUGCUUUUAAUAAGUUAUACUCUAAUUGAAUGAAGGAAUUCUUUUCCCGAAUGAAAGAUACUCUUUGUUUCAUCUUUGAUCUUGAAUGUAUUAAAUGUUUUCUUCCAACUGUUUGAGGGAGAAUUCUAAAUGUGUGCCACGUUGCUGAUGCCCAAAUAAUUUUUAGAAAUGAAAUGGAGCUUGUAGCUUCCUGAUGUGUUGCCAGACAAAAAUGUUUGUUUGGGAUAGUUAAUCUUUAUUUUUUUGCUCCAUGAACAUUUCCAUGUUAGUUAGCGUACAGCAUAUACUCCUAGGUUUGAGGACCUUACCAUCAUUUGUAUUUGCGUGAUUUGGAUUUUAUAACCCCGACUUCCUUAGAGUUGGGAGGAUCAGGAGUCAAUGCUUUGCUUUGACUGUGUUUUUAAAGUAUUAAAUGAAGUGUCAUCAAUUUACAACUGAGGAAACGAGUAAUAAGGUAGAGGAAUUCCUUUCGUCUUGCUAGGUGCCUUUUUAUUUUACUUUCUUACAGUUGAAUGCUUUAUGGGUUCCUUCUUGACUUUUCAGGUAAGAGGCAAGAAAAUCUCUUCAAAAGAUUUUUAGUGAGGGACGUAUAGAUCAGAAAUCUUUGGGCCACUUGUUCAGUGUGUGGUUGCCUGGGGCUGAAAACCAUUUCUGACACCUCAAGAGAGAUAGGAAGACAGUUUGAGCAAUGAGAACAAAUAAUUUGGGCUUUAGAAGAUUUGAAGAUAGAGAUCUAAUUGUGAGAGUGGCUUUUUGUGGGUCCUCAUUUCUCUGAAAAAGAGUUGAUGUUCCAGGAACCCAGUUAAAGCCACAUCCCAUUAAAUGAGGAACCUGCUUUGGCUAGGUUUUCAUGUUGUAAGGAUUAAUCCAGUGUGGUAUGUUUGUCAUUUUAGGUAAAUGGUGCUGAUGUUUUAUAGCUUUAAUCAUGAUUUGGACCAGUCCCUUCCUUUGUAAAUGACUGAACAAUAGAGUCCUUCAUGGGAUGGGAGUAAGUUGAUAAUUUAUUCCUCUCCAUGAAUUUUGGUCAUAUCAGAGUCAUAAGGUUGCUAUCAGUUUCCUUCUUCACCCCUUAUAUUGAGGUCUGGGUUAAAGCUUUUUUUUUUUUCCCUCAAAGGAACACACAGCAGUUUUGAACACCUGCCUUAUUUAAAGAUGGAAAGAAAAUAAUUUUUCUUUUUAACCUUUCUUUUAAUAUCUUCCUUGGUGAUAUUCUCUCUCUCUUUCUAUCUCUUUCUCUAUCUCUGUCUCUGUCUCUGUCUCUAUCUCUAUCUCUAUCUCUAUCUCUUUCUCUCUGCUGCUGCUGCUUCCUGGGUUCUUGUCACACCAUAUGGAGACCAGCCUUGUCUAGAAAGGGAAUUUAAUUCUGAAAGCUUCAUAAGGGAUUAAAAGCCUUUCAGAGUUUUUCUUUGGCUGCUGAACUCUUUAGUUGUGGUCACAUUGCCUUAUGAGUUCUGUGCAUUAAACUCUUAAUUAUGUUACAAAAUGUGACCUUAUAAAGUGCUUUGUGUUUUCCAUGUGACCUGUUACCUCAGGGUACUUGGGGGAAACUUUUAGUUCUCUGCACCUCCUAAAUCGGGCAUUGGUGCUUCAAGAAAGGAGGUUGCAUGUCCCUAUUUAAAAAAAAAUUCUGAAUCUGAAUAUUCUACUAUGUCACUUAGAGAUGGUUCCAAAGGUGAACUGCACGAAGACCCAUAGGGAGUGGACCAAGACUACCAUUUAAUUGCACAACUCAAAACUUUGCUGCCAGAGGAGAUGCUCCGUCCUUUGAAUCCGGUGUUGGACCAUUAUUCUUGCAUCUCACUUUUUUUUUUUUUUUUGUGGGAAGGUAUGCUGCUGUAAACAAUGUGCACAGACAUUGUAACUCUUGGUAUCUUUACCAGUUCAUAGUUAAUAAACUUCUUUGCACUUUCCGUCUUUGUUUUGGUUUGUAUCUACAUAUAGAUGAGGAUUGUCAUUUGAAAGAGGGGGGGAUUGUGGUUUUCAGCAUCAAGCAGCCAGUCAUCUCUGAACCCAGAAAGAGCCUACAUAAAUUCAGUGGUGUGCUGGAGCCAGUUUUUAAAGCAAUGGUAGCUUGUAAUUGGCCUUGGUGGGUGCAUUUGCAAUACAGAAAUCAGAUUUAACAUCACAACCCUUCUCAAGGACCAUGCAGCACAGUCCUUGAGCAAGUAUUCAACAGCUUUUCAAAUGAUAUGGGACCAGUUCCAUAAAAUGAGUAUGCACAGGUCUAGGACAACUAAUCUGGUGAAAGUCAAAGGCGUAUGCAAGCGAGUAUGCUUGUUUUGAAGUGGUGACUUAAGACCUCGAGAUACUUCAAAGUAAGGAAGCCUUGAGUUCUUAUCUUGUAUGUCCAAGUCAUCCAAAGGGUUCUCUUGGGGAAUAAAUCUCUGCUU